CGGCCCUCCGCCCCCAAACCUCCCCGUCGCGGCGCCCUCCCCGCCUUCCCAUUCCCGGCCCCGCCCGCCCACAUCUAGUCUCCCACCUCGCCCUCGCGGCGCCGGUGUAGCAGCCAUGCUAGUCUCCGUCGCCGCCGACGACUCCGGCUGGCAGGAGUCCCCGUCGCAGGCCGUCCUCUUCGCCGACGAGAUCGCUGCCGUCCGCGCUGUCCUGGGCGGGACCCUCUCCGAGGCCAGCAUCAUUGCCGCGCUCUCCCAGUGCGGUGGCAACGCUGAGCGCGCCAUCAACGCGAUCCUCGACGACGCCGAGGUCGUUUCCGCCCCCAAGCGGGCCAAGGUCGAGCUCGACGUCGGUGGUGUUCCGGUGCAGGUGCCGGUAGCUGUCAAGGUGAAGGCCGAAUCCAUCGACGUCGGGGCCGUGGCGCCGGCAGCUGUCAAGGUGAAGGCCGAGCCCAUUGACGGCGAUGUCGUGGGGAGCCAACAAUCCGAUGGCUCCUCCGCGAAGGCCACCGCCAAGAUGAAGAGCGAGCCGGCCGAAUGGUCCGCCAAGACACCCGACCGAUUCGUCCCCGACGCGCGCAGUGUAGGUGCGCCUGUGGCGGUGGCGAGCGCCGGCGCCGGCAUAAGCAUCGUCCCGCGGCAGAAUAAGAGGCCGAGGCAGGAGGUGGGGACCAUCGAACUCACUACCACGCACCCGGUGCCGUACCUCAACUCGCGGCCCAUCCGGGCGCUGCCACCCAUGCCACCCAUGGGCGGGGACGGGGAGGUGUACGACCCGAAGCCUAUCCAGAUGGUGCCGCCCCUGGAAAUCCAGAUGCACGAUCCGAGGACCACCCUACCUGCGCCGUCACCCAUCGACAUCGAGAUGUACCAACAACCGCCGCGGCCGCCGCCCGUGGACGUCGAGAUGUGCGAGCAGAGGUCGCGGCCCCGGCCCCGGCCCCUCAGGGCGGUUGUGCCUGCCUCGGUGACGGACAUGAGGAUGGUGGUGGCGCCACCGGACGGCGAGUUUGGCGACUUCCCUGUGGAGCGCGACUGGAUGCUCGUCGGCAAGUCCUAUGUGCCCGGGCUGUCCACCAACCGUGGGAGGAGGAGGUUGGACGCUGGGGAGAUUGUCCAUUUCGCCUUCCCUUCGUACGAGAAGAUCUAUGGCGGGUUAAAGAUGACUGCCAAGAAGGCGGCGGCUCUGGCACAGAUUGUUCGCUUUUCCACCAAACGAGCCGGAGAGAUUGGGAAGCUGUCCCCAGAGUGGACGCAAUGCCUUGUCCCGCUUGUCAACUCGUCCAAGGUGAAGAUUCAGGGGAAGCUCGUGUUCCCAACAAUGGAGCUGAGGCUGAUGCAGGAGAUAUUGCUCUAUGUUAGCUUCUACAUCCACAAAUCUGUGCUAGCCGAAAUGGACAACUCACCCUGUGACAUGCUCGAUCAUGCAAAUGUUGAUUUCACUCCCAGUCCUCUCCAUAAAUUGCUUAGUUUGCUCAACCUAAAGCCAUCCAACAAGGAUGCUUUCUCCCUUGACGAUCUCACCACUAGAAAGCUGAAGCAAAUUCUAAGGGGUAACAAUAAUAAUGGUGAUGAUUCUACUCCGGUGCUUGGCCAUACAUUUCUCGAGCAAGGCGCUGAUGAGCAGGCGAUUUCAGAGGCUGCCUUGAACAAACUUGUUGGCACUGCUGAAACAUUUGACUUAGAGGAAGCAGAGCCUCCCACUACCCUUGUCUCUGUUCUAAAGCCAUACCAGAAACAAGCUCUCUUCUGGAUGUCUAAAUUGGAGAAGGGAAUUGAUGCUAAUGAAGAGACAAAAACUCUUAAUCCGUGUUGGAGUGCCUACAAUAUUGCAGACAGGAGAGCUCCUCCAGUCUAUGUUAAUCUUUUUACUGGUCAAGCAACAACACAAUUUCCAAGUAUGACUGAGACUGUAAGAGGAGGGAUACUAGCAGACGCAAUGGGUCUUGGCAAAACUGUGAUGACCAUUGCUCUGAUACUUUCCAAUCCUAGGGGGGAGUUCUCUAACUGUAUAAAAGGAGACACAAGGUAUCUAGGAGAUCGUGCGACCAGAGGAUACACCUCAACAUCCUCUGUGAGAGGAGGUACCCUUGUUGUUUGCCCUAUGUCAUUAUUGGGCCAAUGGAAGGAUGAGUUGGAGGCACAUUCGGCACAAGGAGCUCUUUCUGUGUUUGUGCAUUAUGCUGGUGAUAAAACUAGUAGCCUCAUGCUGAUGGCUCAACAUGAUGUCGUUUUAACAACCUAUGGUGUCCUCUCAGCUGCAUGCAAAACGGAAUGCAACAGCAUUUUUCACAGGAUGGAUUGGUAUAGGAUUGUGCUUGAUGAAGCUCACACAAUCAAAUCUCCUAAAACUAAAAGUGCCCAAGCAGCUUAUAGAUUAAAGUCGGAAUGCAGAUGGUGCCUUACAGGCACACCAUUGCAAAAUAAUUUGGAGGACCUCUACAGUCUUCUCUGCUUCCUACAUGUUGAACCAUGGUGCAAUGCAAAAUGGUGGCAGAGGCUUAUUCAGAAACCUUAUGAGAAUGGUGAUGAUAGAGGGUUGAAACUUGUUAGAGCUAUUCUUAGGCCACUAAUGCUAAGGAGGACCAAGGAAACAAAAGACAAGAUUGGCAAUCCCAUACUGGUUCUACCUCCAGCUCGUAUUGAAGUUGUAGAGUGCGAACAAUCUGAACAUGAACGUGAUUUCUAUGAAGCACUUUUCAGGAGAUCAAAGGUUCAGUUUGACAAAUUUGUAGCACAAGGCAGUGUUCUGAACAAUUACGCUAAUAUUCUCGAGUUACUUCUCCGGCUAAGGCAGUGCUGCGAUCACCCUUUUCUGGUUAUCAGCCGAGCUGACCCUAAAAAGUAUGCUGACCUCAACCAGCUUGCACAGCAAUUCCUUGAAGGGGUGCAGCAGAGUUCGUCUGGAAGACAGAACGUAGUGCCUUCACUGGCUUAUGUAGAAGGGGUCGUCGAGGAAAUUCGCCAGGGUGCUACGAUGGAGUGCCCUAUCUGUCUCGAGUCAGCUUCGGACGAUCCAGUGCUCACGCCUUGCGCACACCGGAUGUGUGGCGAAUGCCUUGUUUCUAGCUGGAGGACUCCAGACGGAGGGCCAUGCCCACUCUGUAGACGUCACAUCAGCAAGUCUGACCUGAUCAUACUGCCUGCUCAGAGUCGUUUCCAGGUGGAUGCCAAGAACAACUGGAAGGACUCGUGCAAAGUGAAAACGCUCGUAACGAUGCUGGAGAGCCUUCAGAGGAAGCAGGAGAAGAGCAUCGUGUUCAGCCAGUUUACUUCCUUCUUCGAUCUUCUGGAGAUCCGCUUCACCCAGAAGGGUAUCAAGUUCUUGAGGUUUGAUGGCAAGCUGAGCCAGAAGCACAAAGAGAAAGUUCUGAAGGAGUUCAGUGAGAGCCAGGACAAGCUGGUGCUAAUGAUGUCGCUCAAGGCUGGAGGUGUAGGGCUAAAUCUAACUGCUGCCUCCAACGUUUUUAUGAUGGAUCCGUGGUGGAAUCCGGCUGUGGAAGAGCAGGCUAUCAUGAGAAUUCACCGCAUUGGGCAGAAAAGAGAGGUCCGAGUCAAACGCUUCAUCGUCAAGGGUACUGUCGAGGAGCGGAUGCAGCAGGUCCAGAUGCGCAAGCAGAGGAUGGUUUCUGGGGCGCUCACCGACGAGGAGAUUCGUGGCGCUCGCAUUGAGCAUCUCAAGAUGUUGUUUAAAUAAAUGAUCAUUGCCGAUGUGUAUAGCUGACGCUACGCCGUUGAUACUUUGGUAGUGUCAAGUAGGUUGUCGAGGGCAUGUUUGGUAGGAGUAAGAUCUGGGUUUAGACCAUUGUAGAUGGGGAUGGCCGGAUGGGAGUGGGUGGAACCUUGCCCUUCCGAUAUGACGGUCUUCCUUUCUAACGUGAAUCAGACUGGCAUAGAGAAUGGGCAUUUUGGAAAACAUGACUACGAUAAAUCACUUUUCUCUUGAGUCUUGGAUUGCAGGUGUU